GAAAAAAGUCGCUCCGCCUUGGUGAGUGGCUUUUCUGAGGGAUUCCUGAGCAAUACUGUCUUCAACAUCAUGGAAGGCCGUCCAGCUGCUUGUUGUGGGUUGGGAGCAAAACGGAGCAAUUCCCAACUGCCCAAAAGAAGAAUCGCCAUCAUUGGACAAACUGGAGCAGGGAAAAGCAGCCUUGGAAACACCAUAUUUAAAGAGAAGAAAUUCAACGUCAACCAUGACGUGGAACCUGGGAUCAGAGGAUGUGAAGCAAAGACCAAACGUGUUGGUGGGAGAGAAAUCACUCUGAUCGAUAUGCCUGGUUUAUUUGAUCCAGGGAAAGAUGAGAAAGAGAUGAAGGCUGAGUUACUGAAAGGAAUCACAGAGAGUUCGCCUGGGCCUCACGCUUUCCUCAUCGUGCUCAACGUGGAGAAAUCUACCCAGAAAGACGACGACAUCGUCAGCAAGAUGAAUGAGCAGUUCUCUGAGGAAGUGUUUAAAUAUUCAACUGUUGUCUUUACUCACGGUGACCGGCUCCCGAGGCGGCAACAAACCCAAGGGUUUGUGAAGGAAAACGAGUUCCUUGGCGAUUUAGUAGAAAAGUGUGGAAAUCGCUGCCACGUCGUAGACAACAAACGCUGGAACAAGCGAUCGAAGUACGGAUACAGAAGCAAUCGGUAUCAGGUGAAGAGACUGCUCAAGUCAAUAGAGAAAACGGUGGAAGAAAACGACGGGAGCUUCUACACCAAUGCCAUGCUGCAAAAAAUAGAGGAGAAUAUCAAAAAAGAAGAAGAAAACAUCGCAAAGUCUUCCAGAAACAUACCAGAGGAAAAAAUCAGAGAGACGGCUAAAGAAAGGACGUAUGAUGAUUUCUUAAACAGGCUGGCAGGCAUCACUGUUGGUGCUUUGUUAGGAGCCGCUUUUGGUUCAGCAGUACCUGUGUCAGUGGUUGUCGCAUUGCUGGCAACAACUGUUAGAGUCCUCGCCUCUGCAACCAAAUCAUGGAGUGCAACGUUUACAAAACCAGCCUUACAUGCAACAGCAAGUGCAGCACCAGAUAAAACAGGGGAAGCAGAAAAAGAAGCAAAUGUAGCAGCAGAAGCAGGAGACCCACCAGCAGCAACGGCGGUGGAAAAAGCAGCAGAUACAGCAGCAGCAGAAAAGCCACCAGUAGCGCAAAAGGUGGCAACAGCAGAAGAGGGAAAAGCAGCAGAAGUAGCUGGAAAAAUCGGAGGAGCAUCGUCACAAAUAGGAGGAGCGUUAAGACUAGUAGUGGGUGCGGCUACAGCAGCGGGAGCGUUUUUGGGGGGUGUGACAGGAUAUAACGCAGCAGAAAAUGCAAAAACUCCAUGGGAAGCAGCAGAGAAGGCGGCUCAGGCUGUGUCAGCUUCAGGAUUUACAGCCAUAGAGAAAUCUCAGAAUUUGGCAUCAGAUCUUGUUAAAGCAGUGGCUAAACCAUUGACCAAAGACUCUUAAAAAUCUUCAUUAUUUACUCCAGUACACUUAAAAAUAAAUGAA